AAUACCCCCGGUUUUCUUCCUCUUUCUUCCUUUUCUCCUCUAUCGUCUAAAACUCUCUGUCCCUCCAUGUCAUGGCAUUUCGGCUCUAUUCUUCUUCCUCAGGUUAAACUUGACAGCUAUUAAGUUCUGAGUGACCCCACUCAUGUCAUGAUAACUUGGAAUCAUUGGCACGCAAGAAUCAGCUAUACAUACGCAAUACAGCUUUUGUUUCUUCACUUUCUCAUAUUGGUCAAGGAAAGAGUAUCUGGGUACCCAGAAUAUUCAAGCUAUAAUAUGGGCUAUCUCAAUUCAGUUUUGUCCUCUUCAAGCCAGGUUCAUGCUGCUGAAGAUGCCCCUGUGAGCGGCGGAGGCCUCAGUCAGAACGGAAAGUUCAGUUAUGGAUAUGCUAGCUCUCCUGGCAAGAGAUCUUCAAUGGAAGACUUUUAUGAGACGAGAAUUGAUGGUGUUGAUGGUGAAAUUGUUGGCCUCUUUGGAGUUUUUGAUGGUCAUGGUGGCGCACGGGCUGCUGAGUAUGUCAAGCAAAACCUCUUCAGUAAUUUGAUCAGACAUCCAAAGUUUAUUUCUGACACCAAAUCAGCUAUUGCUGAUGCAUAUAGCCAUACCGAUUCUGAAUUUCUCAAAUCAGAAAACACUCAAAACAGAGAUGCUGGAUCAACUGCUUCUACUGCAAUUCUGGUCGGUGACCGUUUGCUUGUUGCAAAUGUUGGGGACUCCAGAGCUGUUAUAUGCAGGGGUGGUAAUGCCAUUGCUGUCUCUCGAGAUCAUAAGCCAGACCAAACUGAUGAGAGGCAAAGGAUUGAAGAUGCCGGGGGCUUUGUCAUGUGGGCUGGAACUUGGAGAGUUGGUGGUGUUCUUGCUGUUUCUCGGGCAUUUGGUGAUAGACUCCUGAAGCAGUAUGUUGUUGCUGAUCCAGAAAUCCAGGAAGAAAAAGUUGACAGCUCUCUUGAGUUUCUCAUAUUGGCCAGUGAUGGGCUAUGGGAUGUUGUCACUAAUGAGGAAGCUGUUUCUAUGAUAAAACCAAUUGCGGAUGCAGAGGAGGCUGCAAAGAGGCUGAUGAAUGAAGCAUACCAAAGAGGCAGUUCUGACAAUAUAACUUGUGUCGUUGUUCGUUUCUUGACGAACCAAAACGGCGGCGCUUCUCGAAGUAGCAUGCGUCCUUCAGUAGAAGGAUAGAAAGAAGAUCAAAAUCCCUGCUUGGCUAUGCGGUUUGUGGCGGAUUGAAAGAUGGGAUGUGUCAAAAUUAUGCUUUAUAUAGUUCAUCAUAGGUAUUUCAUAUAGUCAUGUAUUAUGUUGCACGAAUAGAAAAACAAUAAUUAAAACUCAUAAUGAUCAUCUAGAAUGGAGCUGUGCGUGCGUAACCAGUGGGGGAAUAUGUGUAAAGAGUUUGUGGCCAAAGUUUCCCCACCCAGAAAGGGUCAUGCCUUGGUUGUUGUUGAAGUUCUCUUUUAACUUGUUCCUGUACUGUGUAACUUUAUUUUACAUGAUUCAUGGUUUGUAUCAAGUGUAGUAUUUAUAAUCCUAUGAAAGACGUCGUGUGAAUGGUA